AUGUAAUAUAAUCGUUUAGGAAAUACAGGGUUAUUAGUUUCUUAAUUGGGAUUUGGUAACAUGGUCAAUUUCCAACCUGAAGAUGAGGAAGUCAAUGUGGCCAUUAUUAAGAGAGCAUAUGAGGCUGGAAUCAAUUUCUUUGAUACUGCAGAAUUGUUCUUAAUUCCUAUCUAUUAUUAGUUAUCAACAUGGAGAAGCUGAGAAGUAACUUGGUAGAUCCAUUAAAAUACUUAAUAUUCCAAGAGAGAAAUUAGUAAUUACUACAAAAGUGUUUGGUAACUAAGCUCCAGGAGGUAUUUGAUAAUUUAUAGGAUUUAGGAUUAAAUGUGAAUAGAAUGUGUACAUUAAAUAGAAAGCAUAUCAUUGAAGCUGUUAAUACUAGUCUAAAGAAUCUAUAAUUAGAUUAUGUAGAUGUUGUAUAUGCUCAUUAAUAUGAUUGUGAAACACCUAUUGAAGAGAUAGUCAGAGGAUUUAAUACAGUAAUUGAGGAUGGCAAAGCAUUCUAUUGGGCUACUAGUAAUUGGAAUGCUGCUUAAAUUCAAGAGGCUAUUAAUUAUGCAGAUUCUCAUGGAUUGAUUCGACCUAUAGCUGAUCAAGGAGAAUAUCAUAUGUUGGAGAGAAAGAGAUUUGAAUAAGAAUUCGUAGGUUUGUAUGAGAAAUACAAUUAUGGAACUACUAUCUAUAGUCCUUUGUGUGGAGGAUUCUUAACAGGAAAGUAUUUAGAAGGAAUUCCUGAAAAUAGUAGAUGUGGAAAAGAUAAUGGAUGGUUAACAAAGGAGAGAGCUACAAAUAGAUUCUUAUUGAAAUAUAGUAAUAAUAUUUCAAUAUAAUAAUAGCAAGUAAUCCAAAGUGUGUAGAAGGAUUGAAAUAAUUUGUAGCUUUGGCUAAGGAAUUAUCAGUUACUCCAGCUUAAUUAGCAUUAGCUUGGACAAUGAGAAAUAAGGAUAUUGAUGUUGCUAUUACUGGAGCAAGAACAGUAGCAUAAUUGGAAGAAUCAUUGGGAAGCAUUGAAUUAUUAAAGAAAUUUGAUAAAGAUUUAGAUGAAAAAUUAGAGAAAGUGUUUGAAAAUGCACCAAAAUAAGAAAUGGAUUUUAGAACAUUAAAACCAAUACCAAAUAGAAGAUGAUC